CAGGAUUCAACAUUAAAGGGCUAAAAUGAAGAUUUAAUAUUUUUAUAGGGAUUAUUAUGUACAAAUAUACUUGAACUCUUAGGAAUAAUUUUAAAGUUAAGGGACUUUCCUAGACCCGCCCUCGUCAAGCUAGAAUCUAGAUAGCAUAUAGAAUUAAGCCAUUGUCAUAUGCAUUCGGGUAGACAAGGCGAGAGAGAGAGAGAGAGAGAGAGAGAGAGGACAGAGGCUCGCUGCUUGGGACCCUAUAUACAGACAGAGUCCUCUGAUCUCCGUCCUCAGCCAACCUGCAGACUGGAGAAGGAUAAGUUUACUGCAAGUGCUUCAAACAUGGAAAACGAUAUUGAAUAGGCAAGAGCAUCAUGGAAGAGGAUAAGGCAGGUACUCCAAACAAGGGAAAAGAUUUUGACGUGGGAAGUGCUUCAGACAUUGAGAUGGCUACAAAUCCCGGUUAUUAUAAAGAGAGAGAGAGAGCUACAGAUAUUUUGGCAAAGCUGGAUUCUGAGGUGAAACAGAUGUCCUUUAAACGGAACGGUUCCGAGUGCUGCAUCUACAGGGUGCCCAAACCGCUUCGAAACGUAAAUUGGAAAGCCUACUCUCCACUACUGAUUUCAAUAGGUCCUCUUGAGAGCCAAAAUAUAAGACUAGAGGCCAUGGAAAAGGAGAAACUGAAAUAUUUCAAAAAGCUUACUGAACGGGAUGGGAUGGAUAAGAAGAAAAUUAUUGAUAUUUUGAUCAGCAUUGAGAACCAAGAAGAGCGUCUCCGACACUGUUAUUCAGAGAAAUUCAAAUUAAUCAAGAGCAGUGAUUUCGUAAAGAUGAUCCUGCUGGAUGCUGUCUUCCUCAUUCAGUUUUUGAAUGAGUAUCAACAGCCUAAUCAUUUUGAGCCCAGGAUGAUGUUUGACAUACGAGAAAACUUGAUUCUACUUGAAAACCAACUACCUUUCUCCAUCAUUUGGGAUAUAUAUCAUGAGAUCAAUCGUGAUCUCCAAGAUGCAACAUGGGAAUCUUUUCUUGAUCUUGUUACCUACAUUUUUGGAAAGCACACAAGCGAUAUUGCUACGUUUCAUUUUCAAAAGCACAAGUUUUCACAAGUGGCAGAAACCAGACAGAUUGUAAAGGGAAGCAAGCAUUUCACUGAUUUACUAAGGAGUUUUAUGCUGAAGGGAUCCAUUGAACGAACUUAUAGUUUUAAUCCUAUCAAGCUGAAAGAUAGUGCGGUCAUGCUUCGCAAGGCAGGAGUGAAGUUUCAGGUUACCCAAGACAAAUGCCUGGUCAACAUAAAAUUUGAGAAAGGUGUGUUGAAAAUACCACGCUUGGAAGUUGAUCACAGCUUCGAACGUCUUGUACGAAAUAUCAUGGCCUUGGAGCAGUGCUGCUACCCGGUUGAAGCUUAUGUAUGCGGUUACAUUAAGUUUAUGGACCAUCUUAUCGACAGUGCAGAAGACGUGGGUUUGCUAGUCGGAAAGGGAAUCACUCUCCACUGGCUAGGUGACGAUGCCGCAGUUUCAAAUGUGAUUAACAAUUUUUGCGAAAAUAUUGGUAACAAUUGCAAUUGUUUUGGUGAUAUCUCUCAAGAGAUAAAUGCUCACUAUGAGAACCGCUUUAACCAUCGAAAGGCAACCUUGAAACUUGUAUAUUUCCCCAAUAUUUGGAGAGGUACGGCAACUGUUGCAGCAGCUAUCCUGCUUAUCCUCACUUUCAUACAGACUAUAGCUUCCGUAAAAUCGGCAUAA